CCAAAAUUACUGAUCCCAAGGAAAAGUGAUACUCUACUAAUCAUGUGUUCUACUAACUACACGUCUCCGUCGGAUCAGAAACCAACAAUUUCCAUCACACGCAAUAAAUCACCGUUGAUUUCAUCGCGACUCAAAUCCAGCUUCCGCUUCUGUUUUCACUUCCAUAGUCAAAAUCCCCAAUCUUUCAGCUCUUCAUUCUAGGGUUUCUCUUCCAACUCCUUUUCAAAUCUGCAGAUCCGAUAAUUCAAAUUUCCCUCCUAAUUCUGUUAUGAUUGAUUGAAAUUAAAAUGUCAGAGAGUAAUGAUUCGGUGGAGGUAUCUCCCCAAAAUGGAGAUCAUGUGUCCAAUGGAUUAGAAGAAAAAGAGGAAUCUAAUGGACCGAUCAAUCAUGAAACUUUCAUUGAUAAGGAACCGGAAGCGGAAACAGAAAAUGAACCAGAAGCAGAGGUAGAGUCCGAGCAUAUUCCUCACGUGGAAAGUAAAGAAGAUAUGUUCGUUGAUGCACCUGAUGAUAUGCAAGACAAUCAGUUUCAGGAAAUGGACAACGGAAGUAUUCAAGAUGACUCUACACUCGCCGAGAAAGACACUGUUAGAGAAGAGUACAAUGAAGAAAGAGAGGAAUUUGCAAGAGAAGUUGCUAAUCUUCGACGCCAGCUUAGGGAUUUGGCGAAUAAAAAGUCAUUGCGUAGUGAUGAUAAUGAGGUCCAGGAAGACGUGGCUGAUGGUGCUACGUUGAGUGAUAUGAUAAGUGAGUGCUCCCAAUUUGUUAAAGUUUCAUUAGAGGAGAGGUUGCAGGCUGAGAGCACUAUAAGGGAGCUUCGACAACAGAUUGAAGAUCUUAAUGAGAAGGUUCAGGUGGAACAGAACGUUGAAGUUGUUGCAGAUAGGAUGCUGGGUUCUCUUGGUAUGUUGGUUAAUCAAGAAGAGUUGUUGGAUUAUUCUGUUAUGGGGAAGAUUUCUCAUGCUGAGAGAAGUACUUCUUUGUUAGUGGAGCAGUAUAGAUGGUUUCUUUAUGAAGUUGAUCAAUUCAGGCAGUGUUUAUUGGAGGGAGGGUUUAAUGUCGGAGCGCAAGAGGAGUUUGGAUAUGCAUCAGUUUUUGCUGUGGCCCGUGGUGAGUUGCUGGAGCUCAAGAAAACAGAAGCAGAGAUGUUGGAAAAAGUAAGCCAUCUGGAAGAUAUAAAUAGGAAAUUCCUUGAGGAAGUUGAGCAGGAAAAAGCAAAGGCAGAGAUGGCGAGUUCCGAACUUGAAAAAGUAAAGUUGGAGCUUGAGCAGGAAAAGAAUAGAUGUGCUAAUACCAAAGAAAAGCUCAGUAUGGCCGUCACCAAAGGCAAAGCAUUGGUUCAGCAGCGAGAUUCACUAAAGCAGUCUCUGGCUGAUAAAACGAGGGAACUUGACAGAUGUUUGGUUGAAUUGCAAGAGAAGUCAAAUGCAGCUAAUGCUGCUGAGCUAUGCAAGGGGGAGUUGGCCAAAUGUGAAAGCGUGGUUGCAUCAUUGCAGGAUAUGCUUUCUCAAAGGAAUGCUAUUCUUGAAAGUUUUGAGGAAGUUUUUGCUCAGACCAAUAUGCCUGCGGAACUCCAGUCAAUGGAUAUUGCCGAGAGGUUAAAAUGGCUUGUAAAUGUGGUUGCAUCACUGCAGGAAACACUGUCACAAAAAGACGUGGUUUUUGAAAAUUUUGAAGCAAUUUUUUCUCAAACUAGUUUCUUUGAGGAAAUAGAAUCAAAGGAUAUGAUUGAGAAAUUGAAAUGGAUUGUAAAUUUGGUUGCAUCACUGCAGGAAAUGCUUUCUCAAAGGAACAGUACUAUAGACAGCCUUGAAGAAAUUUUCUCUCACACCAGUGCACCUGUGGAAGUUCAGUCAAUGGAUACUGUUGAAAGAUUCAAAUGGAUUGUGGAGGAGAGAAAUUCCCUAAAGGAUGAUUCACUGGAAUUCCACAAACUGAAGGAUGCCUUAUCUUUAAUUGAUAUGCCAGAAACUGCUUCACCAUGUGAUUUGGAAGCUCGAAUAUGUUGGCUAAAGGAUUCAGUCAACCAGGCAAAAGUUGAAAUAAAUUCGUUGCAUGAUGAGAUUGCUAGGAUAAAGGAAGCUGCACAAAGGGAGAUUGACAGCUUAAGUGCUACACUUUUGGCGGAAUCACAAGAAAAGGAAUGCAUUAAAACAAAGCUGGAUGACCUUGCAUGCAAAUUUGAAGGGGCUGCCAAAGAAGCGCAUCAAGCUUCAUAUGAAAAGGAUCAGAUGGUGAGGCUCUUGUUGGCGGGUUCUGGGAUAACAGAGACUUAUUCUGAUGUGGCUACACUCAUUGACAGAUGCUUUGGGAAGAUAAAAGAACAAAUCAAUGCUUCUUUUGAUACUUCUCCUGCCCAUGCUGAGGUGUUUGAAAGAAUGCAGAAUCUCUUGUAUGUCAAGGAUCAAGAAUUGAUGCUCUGUCAGAAACUUCUAGAAGAAGACAUACUGGUGAGGACAGAGGUUAAAAAUCUUUCUAAUGAGUUAAGAAUGACAUCCGUAGAACUUGCUGCAUUGAAGGAAGAAAAAGACUCUCUGCAGAAAGAUCUUGAACGAUCAGAAGAGAAGUCUGCUUUGCUAAGGGAGAAAUUGUCUUUGGCAGUUAAGAAAGGAAAAGGCCUGGUUCAAGAUCGGGAAAACUUGAAACUCACACUGGAUGAAAAGAAAUCAGAAAUUGAGAAGCUGAAGCUAGAUUUACAACAAAAGGAAUCUAUUGUUGCUGACUGCAGGGAUCAGAUAAGUAGUUUCUCUACUGAUCUAGAACGGGUCCCAAAGUUAGAAGCUGAUCUUGUUGCUAUGAAAAAUCAGCGGGAUGAACUUGAGAAGUUCUUGUUGGAGAGCAACAACAUGUUACAAAAAGUUAUUGAAUCCAUUGAUCAGAUUGUUCUUCCUGUUGAUUCAGUUUUUGAGGAGCCUGUAGAAAAAGUGAAUUGGCUUAAAGGGUACAUGAUCGAAUGCCAGCAGGGUAAGGCCCAUGCAGAAGAAGAGCUGAAUAAAAUCAGGGAAGAAACCAGUAUUCUGACCAGUAAACUAACAGAGGCACAACAAACUAUGAACUCACUGGAAUAUGCAUUGUCAACUGCGGAGAACCAGGUUUCUCAGCUGACUGUAGAGAAGAGGGAAGUAGAAGCUGCCAAGGACAAUGUUGAGCAGGACUUGCAGAAAGCAAGAGAUGAAGCUCACGCCCAAACUAGCAAGAUGACAGAGGCUUAUGCAACUAGAAAGUCACUCGAAGCUGCAUUGUCUGUGGCAGAAAAUAAUAUUGCUCUGAUCAUCAAAGAGAGAGAAGAGGCUCAAUUGAGCAGAGCUGCUACAGAGACCGAGCUAGAGAGAGUGAGAGAGGAAGUUGCUAUUCAGACUAGCAAGCUAACAGAGGCUUAUGGAACUAUAAAAUCUCUUGAAGAUGCACUAUCUCAGGCUGAGGCCAAUAUUUCUUUGCUUACUGAACAAAAUAAUCAUGUCCAAGAUGGUAGAACCAAUUUAGAGGAUGAACUAAAAAAGCUAAAAGAAGAAGCUGAGUUACAGGCUAGUAGGCUGGCAGAUGCCUCCUCAACCGUGAGAUCACUGGAAGAUGCAUUGUCUAAGGCAGGAAACAAUGUUUCUGUGCUUGAGGGUGAAAAGAAAAUUGCUGAGCAGGAAAUUUCUACACUUAAUUCCAAGUUGAAGGCAUGCAUGGAUGAAUUAGCUGGAACAAAUGGAAGCUUAGAAACCAGGUCUGCAGAAUUCAUCCAUCACCUUAGUGACCUUCAGAUGCUUAUCAGAAAUGAGAGUCUAUUGCCCACGGUUAGACAACAUUUUGAGAGGGAAUUUGAGAACCUGAAAAACAUGGAUCUCAUUCUCAGAAACAUAAAUUGCCAUUUUGUAAAUGCAAGUUUAGAAGUGCUGCCAAGUCACCCUAUCAUGGAGGAAAAUUGGCAUGUGAUAAAACCUUUUCCACACGACCUUGGUGAUAUUGUACACAGAGAAAUGGAUAAUGGCGAUGUUAAUGCUUCAGAUGUUGACAACAUUUCCAUAUACUUUAAGAAAAUUGUUGAGAGGUUAAAGUCACAAGACACAAUUCUUGUGGACAAUUUUGAAUGUUUCUCUACUUUAAUAGCUGAGUUUAUUGAAGAUCUGUUGAGAAAAGUAAGGGUAACUGAGGAUGCAGUAACUAUUGUUUUGGAGCACAUGGAGUCCAUGAAACAGAAGAUAAAGAAUAUGGAAUUGCAUAAAGAGGAACAAGAGAAAACCAUCACCAUGUUAGAAACAGAUUGUAGAGUUUUACUAUCUGCCUGCACUAAUGCCACGAGCAAACUAGAAUUUGAAGAACUUGGCUCAAUUUCUGGGCUUGAAAAGUUAAGUCCUAGUAUGAAUCUAGAAGUGAUGGAAGUUGAAGCUGAGGACAUGGAGCACCAACAAAGUUUUGAUGGCAGCAGGUAUGCCAAAAUGGCAGAAAAUUUAGUAUUGGCUACAAGAAAAGUUCAAACUCUAAUGCAAGUAUUUGAGAGCACGAGUAACGCGGCUGCUGCCACAAUUGAAGAUUUGCAGAAGAAACUGCUACAAAGCAGAGAAGCUUUUGAGAAAGUCAUAGAAGAAAGAGGUCUAAUUCUGGAUAGGGUUUCUGAGUUGGAGAGCGAUGUUGAAACCUUACAAAAUUCUUGCAAAAAGCUGAGGCUCAAAACAGGGGAUUACCAAGCCAUAGAGGAGAAGUUGAAAGAAAAAGAAGCUGAACUUUCAAAUUUACAUAACAAUUUGUUGAUGAAAGAACAAGAGGCAAAAGAUGCUCUUAUGUCUGCAUCUGAAUUGAAAACCCUUUUUGAUAAGAUAAGGGAGGUCGAAAUUCCUUUUGCACAGUCAGAAGUUUGGGAUAUGCAGCCCUAUAGUUCAGUUGAUGUACAGAAACUGUUUCACAUCAUCGAUAGUGUACCUGAGUUGCAGCAUCAAAUAAAUAAAUUAUCUCAUGAUAAAGACAGGCUACAGUCAACUCUAUCAAUGCAGGUUCAUGAUAUAGAACACCUAAAGGAGGAAAUUGAGAAACAAAUUAGAAAUAACCAAGCUUCUGAAAAGAUAAGCAACGAAAUGUCUGGGAUAACAUUAAGUUUGGAGAAAAUCAUUGAUAUAUUGGGAUGUAGCGAAAUUUUUGGAGACCCAAAAAGCACUAGUGUGCAGAUACUUUUGCCAGUACUAGAAAAACAGAUUCUGGCCUUGCAUUUGGAAGCCAAAAAUUCAAAUUCCCAAGCUCAGGAACUUAGCACAAGGUUGCUUGAGAGCCAGAAGGUUAUAGAGGAAUUAUCAACAAAGAUUAAAUUGCUUGAAGAUUCAUUUCGUAGUAAAACUGUCCAGCCAGAGAUUGUGCAGGAAAGGAGCAUCUUUGAAGCUCCUUCAUUGCCUACUGGCUCAGAAAUAUCUGAAAUUGAAGAUGCGGCCUCAGUUGGAAAGAAUGGGAAUGGGUUAUCUCUUGCUCCCUCAGCUGCUCAACUGAGAACUAUGCGAAAAGGAUCAGGUGACCAUCUUGUUCUCAGUAUUGAUUCAGAAUCUGGUACUCUGAUCAACAACGAGGAAACAGAUGAGGAAAAAGGUCAUGUAUUCAAGUCUCUAAACACAUCAGGUCUUAUUCCCAGGCAAGGAAAGUCACUCGCAGAUCGAGUUGAUGGAAUAUGGGUAUCCGGUGGUCGAGUCCUAAUGAGUCGUCCUAGAGCGAGGCUGGGCCUCAUUGCAUAUUGGCUUGUCUUGCACAUAUGGCUAUUGGGAACCAUCUUGUAACCAAGUUCACCUCUCUGAAUCACUUUUGCAGCAUUUCUUUGUCAGCUAUAGCAACUUGUAUCAUAGAGUUUUUUUUUUUUUUUUUUUUUUUUUUU